GGGGCAGAGUCUUCCUCUUACUGUAAACUACUGGACUCUCCUGUCAUUAGACGAAUAUCAGAGACAGACAGCUCCCCAGGGCCCAGGGACAGCGCUCAUUACGCACAGAUUACGCACUUCACAGAUUGUUUUCCCCUCACUUCCUGUUUGGAGAGCUUUAUUUGACACUUCUGCAAGGACAAAGGAUCAUACUGUAUCAGAGAACCAUGGCACCAAAGAGGAGAGCUGCUGCUGCCUCCACUGCUGCUAAAGCCAGGGGUAAAAGGGUAAAAAAAGAGCCAGAGACCCCCCAGAAACCCAAAGAUGCCUUCACUUCAACUAAAGAAGCUCUAAAGGCCGCUGCUCCGGAAGUGAAAGGCAAAAGAAAGGUGGAUGAACACUGGUAUGGAUCUGGAGAGGUUUAUGAGGACUACGACUGUAUGCUUAACCAAACAAACAUCGGUCACAAUAACAACAAGUUUUAUGUCAUUCAAGUGAUAAAAGAAGGACCUAGCAGCUUUCACACAUGGACCAGAUGGGGCAGAGUGGGAGAAACUGGGCAGAACAAAGUUAGCACGUUCAAAGCAGUCGAACAGGCCAUCAAAGAGUUUGAGAAGAAGUUUAAAGAUAAAACCAAAAACAACUGGAGUGAUCGGGAUGAUUUUGUGUCUCAUCCCGGAAAGUACACCCUGAUCGAGGUGGACGGGGAGCAGGACGCAGAGGUCAAGGUGGACAGCGUGGACGGGAGGUCAGUGGUUAAAAACGUGCAGCCCUGUACUCUGGACAAACCGACACAGAAACUGAUCGAGCUGAUCUUUAGUACGGACAUGUUCAAAGAGGCCAUGGAAGAAAUGAACCUGGACAUUAAGAAGAUGCCCCUGGGGAAGCUGAGCAAGAUGCAGAUCGCAAAGGGCUUUGAUGUUUUGGAGGAGAUCGAAGCCGCCUUGAACCAGAAAAGUAAACGGCCCGUUUUGGAGGAACUCUCGUCGAAAUUCUUCACCACCAUCCCGCACAACUUCGGACGCACCCGACCCCCAACCAUCGACUCCAAAGAGAUCAUCGAGAAGAAGAAGGAGAUGCUUAUGGUGCUUGCGGACAUAGAGCUGGCACAGACGCUGAAGUCCGAGACAGAGAAAGCUCAGGAGGAGAUGAUCGAGACCGUCCCUCACCCGGCGGACCAGGACUACCACUCACUCAACUGUGAUCUCACCGUGCUCGACAAAAAGUCACAAACAUACAAGAUAAUUGAGAAGUACUUGAACAAAACAAAGAAUUCAUAUUCAAAGACCGAAAUUGUCAAUGUUUGGGAGGUCAAUCGAUUUACAGAGGGAGAGCGCUUCAGUGAGAAUGACCGUCUGGAGAACCGGCGUCUGCUUUGGCACGGUACAAACAUCGCCGUGGUGGCGGCCAUUUUGAAGAGCGGGCUGAGGAUCAUGCCUCACUCCGGGGGAAGAGUCGGUCGAGGCAUUUACUUUGCAUCGGAAAAUGCUAAAUCUGCAGGAUAUGUGGCCGUGUCUAAAAACACUGGGAUCAUGUUCUUGAAUGAGGUCGCUCUGGGUAAAGAGUACACCAUCACCACGGACGACAGCUCACUGAAGAAAGCUCCAAAAGGCUUUGACUCUGUGGUGGCCCGAGGAAUAGUGGAGCCAGACCCCUCUCAGGACGUGUUCAUUACUCUGGAUGGAAAGCAGGUGGCAGUACCCCAGGGGCCUGCCAUCGCACAGCCUCAGUAUUCUGGCAGCAGCUUCAGCAACAGUGAAUAUCUCAUCUACAAAGAGAGCCAGUGCCGUAUACGCUACCUGCUUGAGCUGCACAUGACAUAUUAACCUGCUCUACAUGAUCCUGGUAUUUUUAUUUCACAAUUAUGUCUGUAAAUGAAGAUAUGACCAUUAAUAACAGAUAAAUCAGGUGCCUUCUUUCCCCCAGGUUGCUCCCGCUAGCGUUAGCAACAGGUUUGAGUGACAGAGUUGAGUGACAGCGGUGUGGGCAGGAAGGGCAUUACCUCCAACAGCCUGGCUCUGGAUUGGCUCUUUGGUUGCUAUGAUACUCGCAGUCAGAAUUCCAAAUAUGGAACUUGACUUCAAAUUCUUCCUUAUAGCUGCUCUAGCCUCGAUGAGCUUCAUGUGACUGGAGCUGAACGCUGUGGGUGACGUCACACUCACUCAGUCCACGUCUUUAUACAGUCUGUGGUAACAACCUGUAACAUAUUCCCGAUUAGACAUGGGACAAUAUACAAUUAUUCAAACUGCGGAGAGUUUUAAAAUGUUGGCAAUAUGCGCGACAAUGAUUUAACUGUGCACUAUGUAACUUUUCUGAUGUAGAUAUGUAAUUAUUUUGCCUGUAAUGUUCCACAAUAUGGCGUUAUGUUCCAUAGAGAGAAGCAGGUGAUGUUACAUGUCAGCUCUGUGGAGAAGUGACCCUGCUCAGUGUAAAGAUAUGUGCUUUUCUAGGGUUUUUAACAAUAUAAACAACUGUAACUGUAAGAUAUACGUUUAAUGCCAUACUGAGAAACAUUUCAGACAAACGUUCUGGGUGUUCGCAAUAUUACAAAAUGUACCAUGAUCAACUAGUCACACUUUUUUAAAAUCAGUUAGUAUUGUUGUUUACUGUCCCAUCCCUAGAGGCCGAACCACCUACCCUUUCCUCAAGUACUACUGUGACUAAAUACUUACUGAGGUGAAAGUUGUGUUGAAAUAUAGUGAGCCUAGAAAAAAAUAGAACAUUUAAAGUUCCCAUCCAGUGCAAAAUCAUCAUCAUGUUGUUUUUUUCUUGUUACUAUUCAUGCAUGUCUAAGUACCUCUCCAUCAAUCUUAAACAAUCUAUGCCACCUGUGCAUCAUUAAGUUAUAAUUUGCACGUUUUAAAUCGCAAUAUUCAUCUAAAACAAUUUAAUAAAAUGACAUCUGUGUUAGAAAACUGUGGUGCCCAAUAGGAGCUGACGUCGCCAUAAAUGUCAUCACAAUAAAGAGCCAUGUAGCUGUCGGCCCUUCCAAUAGCUGUAGAUCACACAAGCGAGCAGUGGAAUGUUUUAAAUUUGCACCAAAAUGACUAUGCAACACUGCCUGUGCGUAUCACUGAUUAAGACGAAGUAAGUAAGGUAAAGGUUAAGGUACACUUUAUUGUCCCUGUAGGGAAAUUUGCCCUCUGCAUUUGCCCCAUCCCUCAGUGAUACCAAUUGCUGUGAAGCAUGAGUGGUAGCCAGUCAGCCACCGUGCCGCCGGUAGUGAGCAGUGGGCGUGUACCGUUGAACACAGGAGUUGAUUAAUAAAGCACUUAAAGAUUGCUCAGUCAUACAUGAAUCACUCCAAAUACAACUUUGAGGGGGUAAAUGGUGAGGGGAAACAACUAUAACACGGUUUAAAACUCUGAAAAGUCGCUUUUGCAGAAUAGGUCUGAACCCAUUUUGACCAUUUUAACGUCUCUUAGCAUCUGUUAGCAACACGCUGCUAAUAGCAUAUAAUAAAGUGAUGCAAAAGAACAUGUUUUCAUUCAUACCACUAAUAAUGUAAAUAAAAUACUGAAAAACACCUCUAUAAAACAAAAUAUGGGAGCUUUAAAAUAGACAAUAGACUGUCACUGCCUUUUUUGCAGUUCACUGUAAAAUAAUUAACCCAUUUUGUCUUUUAUGCCUUAACAAGUGACAUAUACUGUAAUUAUGUCUGAAUGUAUUCGGUUGUUCUUUGUUAAAAUCGAUAUGUUUAAGUUCAAAUGCUUGCACUGUGCAUGUUGCCAUGCAUCUAAACACAGUUUGCCUUAUGCCUGUUGUUCCAGGGUAAAAGCAGUGACUAGUUUGAGUAGAUUUCAGGUUGUUGAUCCUGUAGUGGAGUGGGUUUUCAUGCUUUCUUCCAGUUAAAACUAUUACAGUUAAAGGAUUGUUAUAUCUAAAUGUUAUAUUUUAUUUCACAUACAUUGGUUUCUGAUUUUGAUUUGUUUUUGUUGGUUAUUGGUAAUGCAAGUGAGUACUACAAAGAUGUAAAAAAAAAUGUAUAAGACUUUAGAAUAGCUGAUUGGUCUUUAACUGACCACAUCAUGUGAUACUGCUUGAAGUAAUUGCUGCAGAGUUUAAAAUGUUUACAUGCAGAAGUUAAGUUCAAAUGUUGCACUACACUUGGCUAAAUCUGACUUUUCACUUUGUAGUCGCAGUAUAAUCUGUGUUGUGUAUAAUGUGCCUAAGGUCAGCUUUUGCACUUUAAAUUAAAGCCAAUCAAGAAAUAAUAAACUGACUUUAUUCACC